CUCUCAAGCAGGUGUCGCUUGUGACUUUGUUUGUCAGAGCUGUUUCCGGUGUAAUCAGGAGGCAACUGAGCUGUUUUACAUACAGGGUUGAGGAAAAAGGAGGCAUAUUUUACCUGAAUGAUUCCUGAAGUACAGGGGCGCAGGAGUCUGGAUGGAUCUUCCCAUGUUGAGCCGUAAACGACCUCUGUUCAAUGGAUAUGAAAAGGAGCCUCCACUGUGCAAAAAGAAAUGUUUGGCCACUCUGAAAACUCUGCUGGACAGAUAUCAGACUGACAGAGACAGAGAACGUGCCAGACUGAGGACGAGGUGCGGUCCCCCCUGCACAUCUGACACCUGUGUGAAUGGCGGGACAAAACACCUGACUCACACUGAACGCUUCUUCAAUCAGAUCUCAUCCUGGGCUGACACACAAUCCUCUGUGAAUAAAGUACUGGAGCAUCUCAAGUCCAGACAAGUAACCGAUGACAUUUUACUCGAUGACUCAAUCAACAAGAAAUUUCUGGAGUUUCACAGUGACAUCACUAAGGAAUGUGGCGCAGAAGAUAAGCAGCAUUCGUGGGCUGUUAUUGAGAAACAGGAAGAGGUCGUCAUGUAUGGACCUUAUUAUCCUAAUUACAACAACGGAGAGCACAGCGAGGACAUCAUUAUUAAACAAACCCAGGAGCUGCUGGAGUCAGAGGAUGUGUCAGAGGACUGGAAGGUGUAUGUUUUCACCAUGAACAGCCCGUGUUUGGCUAGAAACUCAGAUCCCUGCAUGCUUAACCUGGUUCACAGUGCUCAGGAGUGGUGGAGCAUGUAUGGAGUUAAGACUUAUAUUGGUUAUGUGAAAUGCUGGGGCUUCAAAGGAAGUAAAGAGAAUCUGUUCAGGGAUAUAAACCACAGCCAAGUGGAGUGUAUAGAUCUGGCUGAGGACUAUGAGAGCUAUGUUAAAGCUGCUCAAAAGUCUAAUCUUAAUCCUUUAUGUGAAACUCUGUUUCUAGCUGUUAAACGCCGCCUGAGAUCUGCAAGUUUGAUAAACACCGUGCAGGGUCAAGACUGGAAGAGUUACUUUAAAAGUAUGCACAGUAUUUAUGAAAGCAAACCUGAGGAGGAGAGAAAAAUCUUAGCACAGGAGGCAAGCGCCAUGAUCAAAGCUGCACAAGCUCUGCUUUCAGAAAGAAGUGGAAGCUUUGAGGAAAACUUCGAUAAAGGACGCACAUUUGAUCACACCUUUAGUUCCCAAGUUUCAGACGCCAUCCAGGACCAGAUUAGACUCACAUUUCAACAGUGCUGGAGGGAGAUGAUACAGGACAAACAUGCCGAGUUCAUCAGGGAGAAGCUGACUGAAGACUUCAAUCAUUGCACCGUCCAGCUUUUUAUCAAAGACAUUGUCACGUUCACAAAGGAGUACUUAGACAUUGGAAGGAUGCAGUUUCCAGAGGAAGCUCCGAGAUGACGAGGAGGUUACAUAAGAGCAAACAUCUCACACAUGUGUGGUAUGCCUUUGAAGAGGAAUGAAUGACACUCAAGCUCAAUAUCCUACAUACUGUUUGCAUUACGUCAGAAUGCUUUGUCUUUAUUAGUUUCCUCAGCAGAGCUACAGUUGCACACAGAGGAAGGGCAUCAGGUAGUGUUAGUGCACACGUCCACCUCUCACUGUGUCUUUACUUACAAUAUAUCACAAAUGGUGUAUUACAAUUAUACUGGAGUGGAGUUUUUACAUAUAUGCUCGUAUAUUUCUCGGUAAUUAUCCCACAUUUACACAAGUUGCC